AUGAAGCCACGUAAAGCAGCGUUCCUAGAGACUGGCGCAGAGCCUUUUGUUUCCGAGGCCCAAUAUGGAGACUGUUUGGGUUGGCUCUGGAACAUCAUGCUAUCUAUCAUGGGUGUAGUGCGUACUUGCAUUGGUGGCCUUCACGCUGGCAACGAGUGCAGCUGGCACCUGGGCGCUCUUCGAGAUCGCAUCGAACCUUUGAUCUUUACGUUAGACCCGCAUAACUAUUUUUUUGAGAUAGGCUUACCUUGCGACGGUGACAGCGAAUACACACGGCGCGUGCCCGACGAUGCGGAUCUGAGCUACGCGCUUUCGGCAUUCUAG